GAUUCUGAACGCAAAGGCGUACUCCGUCCGUGGCGCCAUCUUGGUUCAGCUUUUCGAAAUUCUGAUGUAUUAUGCGUCUAAAAAUCGCUUGAAAAUUCGUCAAAACGGCGAAAAGUGCGACCGGUAUACCUCGUUAAUCGAUGGAGUAUAUAUCCAAGAUGUUAUUGGUAUAAAAAUUGUCUUGAUUGGAUCUUUCUUGGGACGGUUCAUCGAGUUAUAAUUCAACGUUAGCCCAAGCAGAUCGGAAAUUAUUACGCUGUCGGACCCAAAAAGGUGCCCAUGUUGAUGAGUUGAUCUCCAUUGCUUGAUGUUUCCCCGGCCACCAUGAGCAUCAGUAGUGAUGAAGUCAACUUCUUGGUGUAUAGGUAUCUCCAAGAAUCAGGUUUUUCCCACUCGGCGUUCACUUUUGGCAUAGAGAGCCACAUCAGUCAGUCCAACAUCAAUGGGGCCUUGGUGCCCCCAGCAGCACUCAUCUCCAUCAUACAGAAGGGCCUCCAGUAUGUGGAGGCAGAAAUCAGCAUCAACGAGGAUGGCUCGGUCUUGGACAACGGCUUUGACUCGUUAUCGCUGAUUGACGCCGUCAUGCCAGAUGUCAUCUCGUCGCGGAAGAGCGAGCUGACGAGGCAAGCAGCGGCUAACACCAACAACACCAGCAAGGUGGACGGGGCCAAUGCGAACGGGGACGAUGUCGCACUCAACUCAUUACAAGCUAAUCACACAGAAACGAUGGAACUGGACGGGGGCGUGGAGAUCCCCGCCAGCAAAGCCACCGUACUCAGGGGUCAUGAGUCAGAGGUCUUUAUCUGUGCCUGGAAUCCAUGUAACGACCUCUUAGCAUCAGGUUCUGGAGACUCGACAGCGAGGAUAUGGAACCUGAGUGAGAACAAUAAUAGUCCACAUCAAUUAGUACUACGACAUUGUAUUCGAGAAGGCGGCCAAGACGUGCCUAGUAACAAAGACGUCACCUCAUUAGACUGGAAUUGCGAUGGUACCUUAUUAGCGACGGGUUCCUACGACGGCUACGCCAGAAUAUGGUCGACAGACGGCCGGUUAGUCAGUACGUUAGGGCAGCACAAGGGACCCAUCUUUGCACUGAAAUGGAACAAGAAGGGCAACUACAUCCUGAGUGCUGGUGUGGACAAGACAACGAUCAUCUGGGACGCGCAGUCGGGAGAGUGUAAACAGCAGUUCCCCUUCCAUUCAGCUCCAGCGUUGGACGUAGACUGGUGUUCCAAUGUAUGCUUUGCGUCCUGUUCAACAGACCAAUGCAUCCACGUGUGUAAGCUGGGCAGCGACAGACCUAUCAAGACAUUCCAAGGCCACACAAAUGAGGUUAACGCCAUCAAGUGGGACCCAACGGGAACAAUGCUGGCGUCGUGUUCAGAUGACAUGACGCUAAAGAUUUGGUCUAUGAAGCAAGAAUGUUGCGUGCACGACCUACAAGCCCAUAAUAAAGAAAUCUAUACCAUCAAAUGGAGCCCACACAACCCUAACACACCACUCAUGCUAGCCAGUGCGUCCUUCGACUCGACAGUGCGGUUGUGGGACGUCGACAGGGGUAUCUGCAUUCAUACACUCACCAAACACCAAGAACCAGUCUACAGUGUAGCGUUCAGUCCAGACGGCAAAUACCUUGCCAGCGGGUCCUUUGAUAAAUGCGUCCACAUAUGGUCCACGCAGACGGGCACGCUUGUACAUAGUUAUAGAGGGACGGGGGGAAUCUUUGAAGUUUGUUGGAACUCGAGAGGGGACAAAGUAGGAGCGAGUGCAUCAGACGGUUCAGUGUGUGUUUUGGAUCUGCGGAAAUGAUGCAAACUUCUGCCGACCAAACAAAAAAAGGGGGCAAAUUUUUGUACCAGGAUUGUGUAAAAAAUAAAAAGAGCCAAAAAAAAGUUCAUAGAAAUUUUUGAUCAGGAUUAAUGAAAAGCUGAAUUAUUGAGAGAGGGAAAGUACAAAAAUGAACACCGCUAAAGUCGACAGACUGAGCAGAAAUCCAGCGUGCGACAGGCAGGUUGGGGCUGGCUGAGAGAAUUACUUCCAGCUUCGCUGAGGUCGAGUUGUUGGAGAUUCAGCACAGAAGUAUGGAGGCACCACUGCCCUUGGGAAAUCUAUUACCUGCUGUCUGUAAUCCGUUAGACCAACCAUCCCAAGAAGUCUUGUCAAACCCUGUGACAAACCCUGUGACAAACCCUGUGACAAACGCUGUGGGGCAGAUAAGCACAACUGCCCCCUAGGUGUUGCUGCUGGCCUGUAAGCCAGUUGCCAACCGUCUUAAGACCUUGUCGAACCCUGUGACCAAUGGUGGGGGGGGGGGGGGGGAAGAUAUGCACACUUGCCCCUAGGUGUUGCUUGCUAGCCAGUAAGCUAGUUGCCAAGCAUCCCAAGACCUUGACAAACCCUGUGAUAGACUCCCUGGGGCAGAAAGGCUAAACAUCUUGUCACCGAGGCCUCCACCGUUUUGAUCUAUGCUGGCUACCAUCUACAUCAUUUCCAGCAACCAAGGAUGUUAAGUGAACUACCGAUUGCUGUCAUUAGAGACAUCAGAAUUAUCUGUGGUCCUUUGCUUAUUGCGCAAGGAUCCAUUGCAAGAAAUUUCUAACAGCCGUUUUCAGACUGGCGAACCAGAGCUGCAUCGACCCAAAUUACACUGAAGACUUGAAUUGUGUACAUGAAAAGUUCAAUGUUUGAACAGUUUGGAGUGACUUUGUAAAAACAUCAACUGUUGUAGUCGUUGAGACCGACUCCAGGGUCUGGCCAAUGGAAAAUUAAUACAAAAGUUAAUCUGUCUGAACCAAAAUUAAUUUGGGUCAACCUGAGUCACGCCUAAUACUAUUUGGUUUAUUGCAACUCAGGAAUGCUAGUCCAAUGGCACUGUUGCUAUUCAAGCACUGCCGAGUUUUGUGAAUGGUGCUUGCAGCUCCUCUAUCGCACAUUGUCUCCUCACCCACACCAAAACAACCCCAAGAACUUGCUCCAUGGGCUCCUAACGUCUUCAAGCAGUUUGGCCACAAAAGCUCUCAGUGAUGUAAAUGGCUUGGGUUUGUUUCAAUUCGCACCGGUGCGGCUGUCGCCCUCAUUGGGUCAUGCGCAAAGGGAAUGGGAUAGGUCAGGUCAUGCUGGGUCAGGUCAUGUCGGAAACUAGCCAUUGAUGGGCUUAAGGACGGACAGUUCAAUUGUUGUUGCUGAGUCAAGGAGGGGGGGGGGGGAUUGCUAAAACCUGAGUAGGGGCGUUGGGUUGUACAGUUGUCUAUGGUGACUCAGGGAUUUUUUUCUACUGCAAAACACAAAACUCACUCCGGUGACCUUCAAAGCCAGCUGUAAAGGGAGGGUUUGUUUUUUUCAAUCAGAUACAAAUUUGUGUUUAUUAUGCCCCUCUUCUGGUCAAGUAUUAUGCUAGUUUUUUUUUUUAUAAUGGGGGGGGGGGGGGGGGUUAAAAUAUAAUUGUUGUGUGUAACGGCCAGUUUUAUGAGUUGAAAACUGCUGAAAUGACACACUGUUUGUGGCAAAUGGCAGAGUUCAAUUUAGUUUUUCUUUUCAAUCAGUCAGUUUUGGACUGAAUCUAAAAACAACCUAAAAAUAUGCAAGGGAAAUUUGUCACCAGUAUAUAUACGAUUUUGCCAGCUUUAUGUCAUGUACUUCAGUAAAACUGUACGAUAUGGGUGUGUAAGACAUACAAAUUCCUUUCUCAUGUCAAACUUAGGGAAAACAAGACCACAAAAGCGAGAAUAUGGGGGGAAAACAGGUGCAGGACUAAGAAAAAGAAGAACCCCAACUCCAGAAUCCUACUCCUCUUAGAUGACGGUCUGGAAGAAAAUGGAUCAGAAAAAGUCAUCACAAACCCUCACUUAACAGAGAAAUCAGAUUUGCUGCAUUUUUUUUUACAAACUAUAUUAGCUGUAAUGAAAUAGAGUCCCACUAAAUUGAUGUUUUGUUGUUCAUGUAUUCAGUAGUACUUGGGGCCAGUGUUUAAAGGCGUUUUCCAAAUCGAGGCUUUGUCUCUGGUUCCAAUUCGCGUUCUGGUUCACGAUUUUAAAAUUUAGGCCCCUGACUUCAGAAACUGUGGCUCAAGAAAUGUCAACUUGUAUCC